AUGAAAUUAUCAUAUGCACUUUAUAAUCACUUAUCAUCUUUAAAAGUGUUUGAAACUAUUAAGCAAGCCAAUAAAAAUCCUAUCAUUUUAACAGAAGCUUAAUAAAAUUUGAUUGAGAAUGGAAUUGCAGUAGGCAAGUUAGUUAAAUCAAUAUACAAUUUAAAAUAAGAGAUUUCAUAAAGGUAUUAAAUAUAAAUAUAAUGAGAACUCUAACACCAAUAGCUUAAUUAGAUUAGUUGAAACAAUUAACCACAGCAUCUACAAAGUUAUAUAAUUGGAAUAUAAUUAUUGCUGCAAUAAACUAAUUGUAAAUACCUAAUGAUAUUAAUACUGAUAUUAAAAAGUUAAUACUAAUGGGUGAUGUUUAAGUAAUUGAAGACAUACUUAAUUAAUUAUUUGAUUAUUAUUUAAAAAUUCAAUAAGCCAGAUUAAGUAAACCAAAGGCAUCUCCAAACGUAAGAAAUAGAAUUUUAUCUGAAUAAUAACCAGCAACUUAAGGAUAUAAUCAUUUAAACCUUAGUUAAUCAUAAGAAUAAAUUUAAAUAUCUGAUUCUAAUACUUUAGAAUAUUUUACAUAAUUACUUUCAAAAUGGUUGAAUUUGUAAUACAAAUAAGUUUUAUCAUUGUAUGCAGAGAAUUUUAAAUUUUGGGCUUAAAUUGUAACAAAAGGUGUUUAAAGAGUAUAUGAACCAAUAAUUUCAAUUUAUAAAGAUAUCUUUUCAUCUGUUGAACAUCUUUAAAAUUUAAUAUCUAUGGAAAAAGAUAAAGCUUUAGGGUUUUCAUUAAAUCUCUUAAAACCAGGAUUGGUAUCAAAAUCACCUGAAGUGUGUAUUGAAACAAUAAAAACCCUUGGAAAUUUUGUUAUAUAAGCUUAUAAUAAUAAAAUUUCUUAUUCAGAAGAUAUUUAUAAAUGGUAUGUUGAAUCAUGUUUUUAAACAACACUUUUAUCAAUAAAAAGACAUCCUUAAUUAGUUGAUUCUUUAGUAGAUUUAAUGAUAUUAUUUUGUAAAUUUCAUUUAGUUGAUCUUUUCACUUCAAUUCUGAAAUAACAUAGUGCAAAUAAUAUAGAGAUGCUUAUUAAUGUAGAAAAACUAUUUAAUUCACUCACACCUGAUUAUAUUUUAGAAAUUUAAUCAAUGGGUAUAAUGUAACAAUGGUUAGAAUAAGGUUUAGAGAUUCUUGAAAGUACCAAUACUUUAAAAUCGGAUGAGAAAAUUUGUAUUUUAAGAUUAAUACACAAUAUAUGGCUUAAAGCUUAAUACUAAUAACAUUAAGAAAGAGUACAUAAUGUUUUUAAAACAGCUUCAUAAGAUCCAAGAGAAUGUGUUGCUUUAUUCUCAAUAUAGUUUUUAUUUACUGCUUUAGAAUAUUUUGGAAAAAAUAAAAUUCCAGAAGCUCCAAUUUUAUAUAAAAUGUAAGAAUUAUUUUAUAAAAUAGAAUUGCAAUACAACUUGUAGAAUUAAAUAAUGAAAAUUUAGUUCAUUUCAUCCUAUAAAAUCUUUUAAUAGUAUUUUAAACUAUACCAUCAAUUCCUUUGUCUAUUGUUCUUGAUCCAUUUAUUGUAAAUCUAUAAGAGAAAACAUAUCCUAGUUUAGUUGUAUUUAAUUUUCUUGGUAAUGUUGCUAAUAAUCCAAAUUUAACUACUAAAUCAUAAAUAUAAUUAAUGGAUCUAUUAUCUAAAAUAGCUAUUUAUGAUACUUUACAUUAUAGAAUUGCAUCUUAAAUAUUUUUAUAAAUGGUUACUAAUACUUAAAAAACGCCUAGUACAUAAGAAUUUGUACAAAAAUUUGUUAAAAUAAGUUUAGCUGUCUACUUUUCAGUACAUAAAAAAUCAGAUAAUAAAAAACCAAAUCAAUAAAUUGUAGAUAAAUAAAGAAAAGCAUAAAUAAUUGAAGUAUUAAAAAGUUUAGUACAAAUACAAAAUUAAAAUAUUAAUUAAGUUAUUAAAGUUAUGGCUGGUCAUACUAAUUUAUAAUUUAAAAUGAUAUCAAAAUAAAAUAAAGGAUUAUAAGUUCUUCUUUCUUUAUUAGGGGAUAUUAAUGAAAUUAUGCAAUAAGUAGAAUUGGAAUAUUAAGAAGCUUAAACUAAUAAAUAAGCUUAUUCAGAAUCAUCUGUUAAAGAAAUAUAAUAAGUUUAAGGAAAUUUAAAAAAAUUCUCUAAAAUUAAAUUAACAAAAGAAGAACAAUAUCAUUUAGCUAGAUUGAGAAUGCCAAAAGAAACUGAUCCUAAAGUCAUUAAUGAUAUAUCGACUAUAAAAAAAUAGUUUUAAGAAAAAUAAUUGGAAAAAGAAAUAUCAAAAUUUGCAUAAGAUGAAUAAUUAAAAUAGAAAAAAGAAAAAUUGAGAAAAUAAUUAGAAAAAAGAUAAAUUGAAUAAGGGAUAGCAUCUUUGAAUUAGAAAGAUGUUACCGUAUAGUUAUUAUUUCCAGAUGGUAGUAGAUAAACUGAAUUAGCUAAAGAAAAAAAACAUGGUUUAGUUACAUUUGAUUUAUUGGAUCUAAAUUUAGAAGAGGAUAUAGAAAAAUUAAUGGUUGAAUAGAUUCUUAGAAAAUAUAGUAAAGUACUUAGAUAUAUUUUUACAAAGUAUGCUAAUACUUGCUUAUAAGGUAUGAAAUAACCUAAUUCUUUUGAUUAAUAUCUUUAAAGGACAGAAAGUAUUAAUAUUGCUGAAAUAAGUAAAUUUAUUCAUGAUUAUGAAAUUGCAAUAUCAAUUGAAAAUGUUUAAGCUUUAGCAAGAUAAGUUGGAACUUAAAUAUUGCAUAGCAAAACUGAAUUUAAAGAAUUUGAUUAAAUAGGUUUUAAUUAAUUUGUAAUUUAAUUGUCUAUUGUUUUAUCUAAAAAUAAAUUAGCAGAUACAUAACCUUAUUAAUGUUUAAUUAAAUUUAUUAAUCAUUUAAGAAAUGUUACAGCAUCGAAAGGAUAAAGUACAGGUUUAUUUGAUGAUCCAGAAUCUUAAUAUUUUAUGGAAAAUGAUGUACAUUCCUUUAUAUAUUUAGAUAAUUAAAGAAUUCAAUUAAUAAUUGCUCAUAGAUCCCAAUUAUGAAUUACCAUAAGGUUAUAAGAAGAUCACCACUUUUGAAAUUUAAUUUUCUUAUGAAAUCCCUUAACUUGAUGAGAAUUUCAAAAUACCAUAUCAAAUUUUGAAUGAUUUGUUAAUAGAUGCAUUAGGGUAAAUUUAAUUUAUAUUAAAUAGAAUUAAUAUUAUUGAACCAAUUUCUAAAAAAGUAAUUGUUUUCAAAGCAAAACCUGAUGCUUUUGGAUACAUUUAAUCUAAAUUAUAAUAGGAACCUACAGAUGAUUAAUUUAAAAUUAAACAUAAAAAAACAAAGGAAGUAAAUACAAGUUUACAAAAGAAAAAAGUUCUUGAAAUAGAACCUAAAAGAGAAUGGUCAUUAAAUAUGAAAUUAGCUAUUGCCAAAUGCAAUAUAAAAGAUAAAUUUAUAGCUGAAAAUGUUGCUAAUUUACUUGAUGAUAUGUUAUUUGCAAUUGAACAUAAUAAAUAAUAAGCAACUAGAUAAAAUUAAAUAAUUAAUAGAGUUUUAGAAGAUAAAAAAUAAUAACAAAUAGAAUAAGAAUAAUAAGAGUCAAAAAAAGAAUAAUUGAGAAAAUAAAGAGAAAAAGAAAUUAAAGAUAAAUUAAAAGAAGAAAAAGAAAAAUAGAAAUAACUUCAAGAAUCACUAGAAAAAGAAAGAUAAGAAAAAAAUAAAACAGAAAAUAAUUUAAAAAAGGAGUAAUUAGAUAAACGUAUGAGUUAUCUAACAGAAUAAAAAUAAAAAGUAAUUAAUUUAUAUUAUGAUAGAUCAAAGAAAAAAAUGAUAAGGAAAAGGAAGAAUAAUUAAAAAGAUUAUUAGAAGAGAAAGAUAAAAAGGAAAAAGAAAUUAAAAUGAAAAAACACAAUUUUUAAGAAUUUAAUUAAAAAUAAAUAACAAAACUAAAAGAAAUAAUAUCUUAAGGAUAGAACAAGUAAUAACAAUCAGAAAAAGAAAAAUAAGAUUAAUUAAAAAAAUAAUAAUAAUUAUUAUAAUAAGCAAGAUCAAAAAUAUUAACUCAGAAUCAAUCGAGAAUUUAAGAAUAAAAAAAUUUAGAAAAAGAAAUUGAGAAUAAAUAUAAAUCUGAAUCAUAUUAGAAAAUAAUUGAAAAAUAUCAAUUUGGAUUGAAUUCUCUUUUUUAAUUCUUAAUUAAAGAAACCUUCUUACCAAUUGGAUAACCAUCUUCAAGAGAAUAAAUUAGUUUUAAAACUUUUGCUUGGUUUACCGAUAGAUUUAAUUUAUGUCCAGAAAUUGUAUCUAAAGAUGAUGUACUUUAACUUUUUAGAUAUUUAACAAGAGCCAAAGAAGUUAUAGAUGGAAUUCCUCCAGGAAUGAAUUAUGAUGAAUUUUUAUAAGCAUUACAUAGGAUUUCAAUCAAAGGAAGUGUUAUAUUUAAUAAAGUUGCAGUUAAUUUAAAAUCCUAAAAAGGGAAACUUGAUAUCAAAGUUAUAAAAUAGAUUGUUGAAGCAGAAUAAAUAGUAGAUUAGGAACCAUAAAGUCAAUCUCCAAAGGCAGUAUCUAUAGUGAUUGAUACUCCUUUAAGGAAUAAAUCUAAAUCUAAUUAUCUUGAAUCUUCCAAAGUUUUAAAAGAAUAUUAGUUAUUUUUCCAGUAAUCAAAUGAAUAAACAUUUGAAUCAUUAAUAUUAUACUUAGAUGUGAGCAAUGAUAAAAACUAAUUAGAUUAAAGAUUUAGAAAAACAUUAGAGGAAAAAAAAGUUCCUACUAAAUUAAGAAGAAAAAGUAUUUAUAUUAGUUAUUUAUUUUAGUUUUGACAGAAAAACUUGGAAUUUAAAAUUGA